CACUUUUUCCGAACCUAUCGCGACCAAGCCUCCUUUGGAUCUUUCUCGUACACUCUUUCCUUUCAACCCACUCGAAAAAGGAGCCUGAGAUACAGUCUUCCAAAAAUCCAAGACGACAGAAGAAUACCUCCCUAUUCGUACGAGGCUUCCACCUUCCCAACUAGAAUAAUACACCUGGUAAUAGCGGGGGUGAUAAGUCAACAGGACUCUACCAUACGAGCCCCCACUUUGUGCACUCGACGACAUCGGAGCUGGCUUGUGCCUCGGAAUUUGUUUCCAGAGUGCUGAAUCUCUCGAGGCGACGCUGCGACAGCAAAAGGACAUAUUGCUCUGCUUUCGUUUUUGUCACCUAGUUAGCCCUCGUCCCGCCAGGCGUGCACAUACUACCAGGAUCCGAUCGUGCCGGCGACCCUCUUCCCAAGCAGUCCACCACCUUACGGAGACCCGAUCAUGGCAACAUCAUCUAGCCCCGGCUCUAGGGAGCUGGGCCUCUCCAUCUUGGGCGUGGGCUCACAAUACCCUCCCUACGCCCUCAAGCCCGACGCCGUCGAGACUCUAGCGAAGCGCUUUUACCCAGAAUCGCCGGCUAUGAGCAAGGUACUGGCCAUAAACAGGUAUACAGGAAUCGACGCCCGGUCCUCGAUCGGCGACCCAGAGCACCCCAUCGUAAACGACGCGGUCGCCCCGUCGAUAUCGGAGCUACACAAGGUGUUUAUGAGCGACGGCGUGCCGCUGGCGGUCAGCGCCGCCCGUAAGGCGUUUGAGGACGCCGGCAUGACAGACCCCGCGGCCGCCGCGGCCAGCAUAACCCACGUCGUGUCGACCACGUGCACCGACAGCGCGAACCCGGGCUACGACCACUUUGUGGCGCGCGAGCUGGGCCUGUCGGACUCGGUCGAGAAGGUGCUCCUGCACGGCGUCGGGUGCAGCGGCGGGCUCGCGGCCCUGAGGACGGCCGCCAACCUGGCCCUCGGCCACGCCAUGCGCGGCCUGCCCGCCAGGAUCCUGGUCAUGGCCCUCGAGGUCAGCACGACUUUUGUGCGCAGCGAACUCGACAGCAUAAACGCCGAACAGAACACGCGCAUCGGGGUUUGUCUCUUCUCCGACUGUGCGAGUGCGGUCGUGUUGAGUAACGGGAUCGGCCACGGACUCGAUGCCAAGGAGCCCGCAUAUGAAUUACUAGGCUGGCAGAACAUGACGAUUCCAGAUACGGAACUGGAUUUGGGUUUUGAUGUCGACCCAGUUGGAUGGAAAGUAGUCUUAACGCCGCGCGUGCCACAACUCACCACCUCGGCGCUCGAGUCGUCCUUCACCUCACUUAUGGCAUCGCUGCCACCAUUACCACCAAACUACGCCAAGCCUUCCGACUUCGACUGGGCCAUGCACCCCGGCGGGGCGACGAUUUUGACCGGGGCCGAAAAGGCCAUGGGCAUCACCCCGGAGCACAUGCGUGCCAGCUACUCGACUUACAUGAACCACGGAAAUUCGAGCUCGGCGACCAUCUUUAGCGUGCUGGACUGCCUGCGGCAAAAGGAGAUGGACGCGCUCACCCCCGGCGGCAGGGAACCGACAGACUACGUCGUCGGCUGUGCAUUUGGGCCCGGCAUCACGGUGGAGACGUGCAUGCUCCGGAGGCGGCGGAAGGCGGUCAACGCUGCGACGGGGUUGCAAACUCCGCCAGAGACGGAAAGCGAGGGGAGCAGGAGCGACGACGAGGAUGGCGCAAAGGAUAGGAGCAGCAGUUCGAGAGAAGCUGCAGGUAACGGGCCAGCAGGCAGUGCGGCCGCGACAAGUGGGGAGUCGUUUGUCAACCAAGCCAUUUCAGAGCUCGAACUGGAUUGAUUUGAGAAAUAUAUAGACUUUUAUUUUGGGCGCAUCCCUUUUAUUGCCGUCCAAUGGAGGCUGACGCUAUAGUAUGAAUGGAUGACAUGUUCGAGCUGAUAAACUAGACUAGGUUCGGCAAAGCCCCGCUUAGACCCGAACGGGUAUACAGUAGGACAGUCCAAACGCCAUGU